UAAGCUAAAAGCUGUAAAAUUUAAUAAUAGCAAUAAUUAUAAGAAAAUACAACAACAUAAAUACAUACAUCAAAAUACCAACAGCUGUGGCGGUAAAAUUAAACAAGUGCAUACUAGUAACGUGUGGUUAAAUUAAAAAUUUCCAAGAAAAUAUAAAAAAAAUAUUAUUAAAGUGUGAAAAUCUCCGAAUACACAAGAAAAUUCAGCGCCUUCGACGAUCUUGCUGAGUUGCAUAAUUUAAAAAAUUAAUAAAGGUGGUAAGGUUGCAAUAACGCAUAGAAGCGAGGAAGAAUUCGCUUCCUCCUUGUGUGGCUCAGGCCAAUGGCCUGAGGCUGUGUAGAGUGCAAAAGUUUGUGUGUAAGUGUAUGUAAGCGCUUUCGAAGAUUGAAGAGUUGUGUUGUUUCAAUAAUUUGAGGGAUUCCAUGCUUCGUGGCUAAUAAGUUGUGUGUUCUAGCACUUAGUCGUCACAUCUCAUAUUCGUUUGUGUUUGCGUGUAUGUUUGUCGCCAUCAACUGCUGUAACGACUGUCUGCCAGAAAUUUUUUUUUCAUCUUUCGCGCUAUUGCCGUGAUGUGUUGUGUCUUUGGUUGCGGCAGGAUUAGAAGCAGCAGCACCGACACCGGCAGCAGCAGUUGUAGCAGCAGGAGCGGCAGUAGUUCGGCAUGAAAUGGAAGCGGCCAUACGCUCAUCAGUGCAGGUCGGUGGUCCACCACCUACGUCAGGUGGUCAACAGCAACAACAGCAGCAGCAACUUCACCAUCAUCAGCAACAGCAGCCGCAGCAACGCGUUGGCAAUCAACAGCCACAGUCGCAUUUGCAUGAUAAUGGACCGUCGCCUCAGCAGCAACAUCAUCAGCAACAACAACAACAACAGCAGCAGCAGCAGCAGCAGCAGCAGCAACAAUAUCAUCAACAACUUGGUAACCUACCCCCGCACCUUCAUCCACAUCACCAACCGUCGCAAGCGCAGCAAUCGGCUGCACAACAACAAAACAAUAGCGGUAGUAAUAGCGCACAACAACAACAGCAGCAACAUCAACAUCAACAACAGCAGCAGCAACAACAUCAACAACAGCAGCAGCAGCAGCAGCAACAACAGCAGCAGCAAGCCAAUAUGUCGGCUUAUCAGCAGCGGAUGUCAUCCGGACCGUCACAGAUUCACAGAUUCUACAGGCCGAUCGACGGGCCGCCAUCAUAUACGAAGAGCGGCAAUGCACUUGGCCAGCAGCCUACUCACUCGGCUGCUACAGCUGCAGCCGUCGCGGCAGCCGCUCAGCAGCAGUUCAACCAGCAGAUGCAUCAAAUGCACCAACAGCAUCAGCAACAGCAACAACAGCAGCAGCAGCAACAACAACAACAACAACAACAAAUUCAGCAACAACAGGCCGCCCAACAGCAGCAGCAACAACAACAACAAGCUGCUCAACAGCAGCCUCAUCAUCACCACCAUCAUCAGCAGCAACAACAACAACAGACCGCCCGUUCGGCAGCUAGUCCCUUAUCCCCACCUCGACCUGGCCCCGGCUCGGCAGCCGCCGCCAACACGUACGUCAAGUACGCGGAGCUCAAUGCGGUGCGGGAAGCGCCACAUCCCUACAUCCAACAAAGCUCUUAUGGCAUUGGGGCGCCAGGCCCACAGUACCGUGACAACCCUUAUACGCGAAUACCUCAAAUGCCACCCGAUUUCCAACGCGCAGCGGUUGCUGCCGCCGCUGCGGCGGCAAGUGGCAGUGCUGGUAGCGCACAGGUUCCGUCUGGUGUUGUGCAAGUACCGGGCGGUGGUCUACAGCCGCCCCCACCUAGUGUGGGCAGUGCAGCCCACCUUGAAGCUUUGCAUUUCGCGCAUCAACAGCCCCCCUCAGGACAACAAGCGGUCCAAUCAGCACAUGUGCUUAAUGCUUCAAACACUGGCGCAAAUGGUGGAGGCGGUGGUGCACCCUCAUCAAUCAAUGCCAAUACCGGGGCGAGUAAUUCUGGCUUAAUACGUCAGCGUAUCAUACUGCCAGCGCAUCCCUAUUCCGGUGAGUAUAUGGCGAAUGCGCGAAGCCAACAGCAGCAACAUCAGCACCAGCACCAGCACCAGCAUCAACAGCAGCAGCAGCAGCAGCAGCAACAUACGCAGCAGCCACAGGCACCACCCGAUCCAGGAGGACAACCGUAUAAGAAAAUGCGUAUGGGCGAGGCGACGGCGAAUGCAGUCAACAACACGAAUCACCUGCCACCUAAAGUAGUGAAUGCAACGCAGUCACAACCACGACAACCGUCACCAUCGGCUGCUGCACUGGUUGCUGCACAGCAGCAACAACAACAUCAAAUGCUAGCAGGUAGCGGCUUACGCAACAGUGCCGCUCAGAUACUCCAGCCGGUUCCACAUUCGCAUUUGACCGUGGUUUCUAGCAGUCAUGUAGUUCAUACCCAGCCACCUCCCUCAGCGAUGCAGCAGUUGAAAGUGGAAACACAACCAGCUUUGUUGUCUUCGGUAGCAGCGCCGCCUAUAAAUCGUGGCAUUUCAUCGAACGCGGUAAUGAGUGGAAAUAGUAGCAUUGGUGGAGUUGGUGUCAGUGUUGGCGUUAGUGUGGGCGUUGGCGUCAUUAAUGCUACACCAAAUGCAUCCCCUUUGGUCACAGCUGGUGGAGCAGUGCCAACAACACCGACGAAAUCGUCAUCUUCAUCAGAGGGAUACCAUCCGCAAGUCGAAGCCAUCUCGCCCACACUGCCAGCCGAUAAUGUCGAUGAACGGGGUAGCGCCGUGACGGAAGAUCUGCUCACACAAAUACAGAAAGUGGACGCAGAAAUACAGAGUGCAGAAAAUACAAUGGAUACGUUGCGCAAGCAAGAGAAGAGCUUUACUGAUAAGGCCGUUCUGAGCAAGAAACAGCGCGAGGAGGAGAUGCUUGCAGCUGAGAAUGCUGAUACUACUAAAAUGGAGUAUUCAUGGAAACUACAGACAAUGGCGCAAAAAAUUUACGAGGCGAACCGCGAAACGGCCGCUGCUCGACAUUCCAUACUUAGUCAUUGCGGUAUCAGUACAAAAUUACCGUUAUAUAAUCAGCCAUUGGAUGUCGAAGGACUGACAGCGUUGAUCAAACGACACCAGACGACGGUGCGGGCCCCUCUGCUAGAGCACAUAGGUAAGCUGAAGCAGGAGCGCUGGACACACAACACCGGAUUGGUGGAGACAUAUGCGCAGAUGUCAGGUGAGUGGCAAAAGCGCGUUGAAAAAUCCGAAGGCAGCGCGAAAAGAAAGGCGAGGGAGGCUAAAAACCGUGAGUUCUUUGAAAAGGUGUUUACGGAGCUGCGAAAACAGCGUGAGGAUAAGGAACGCUUCAACCGUGUUGGCUCACGUAUCAAAUCUGAAGCCGAUUUGGAGGAAAUAAUGGAUGGCCUGCAAGAGCAGGCUAUGGAAGAUAAGAAGAUGCGUUCAUACGCCGUUAUACCGCCGCUAAUGUUUGAUGCCCGUCAGCGUCGCUGUGUCUACCACAAUGAAAACGGCUUCAUUGAAGAUAUGGUAGCAGUCCACAAGGAGCGACAAACGCUUAAUGUAUGGACAUCCGGAGAGAAGGAAAUAUUCAAAGAGAAAUUCCUGCAGCAUCCAAAGAAUUUUGGCGCCAUUGCAGCCAGUUUAGAUCGCAAGUCGGCACAGGAUUGCGUACGCUACUACUACCUCAGCAAAAAGACGGAGAAUUACAAGCAACUGCUGCGAAAGUCAAGGCAACGGACUCGUUCGUCGCGUAAUCCCCAAAAGGCCCAACAACAACAGGCUCAAUGUAUUAUCGAUUCGCUGACGACUGGCGUGACAACGCGUCUUCAGCGUGAACAGCAACAGAAGACCGGUGGACGCUCGGCUGCGGCGGAACGAGAACGUGUUGAGCGAGCAGAACGUGCCGCUGAGCGCGCAGCAGCGGACGCGGUGAAAGCUGCCGCUACCGCUCAGGCCAAGUCCACAAAUAAGGGCGAUAACAGCGGCAAUGUUAGCUCGGCGGCAGCAGAAUCUACUGGCCCUGGCGACACGACUGAAGCAGCUAAAGGAAAAGCGAACGCUGCUACUACAACAGCACAAAAAUCCAACAACACGUCCAAUAGCAACAACAACAGCGCAACCACAACGGGUGGGAGUUCAACGGCAACGCCAAAAGCUGCAGAAGCUGAAAAAGCUACUGAAAGCACAGCUGUCAACCAGCAAGCAACAACCACCGCUACAACCGAUGCGGCACAGGGCGGCACUGCGGCGAAAGCGAAAAGCAACGAGUGGAAUUCCGGUGAAGCGAAUGCAACAACCACUGUUUCAGCGGCGACAACCAGCAACAGUAGUAGCUGCAACAGUAAUGUUACAAACUUUGAUGCAAAUAGCAAAAAGCCCAAAACAGCUUUCGGCACAGUGGUGGCGAAUAACGAAAUGGAAGUGGAUAGCCAAACGUUGGUGGACGACAAAACUUGCAUUAGUCACAACAGCACCAGCAUAAGUAGUGGGGGAGCUGGUGUCGUCAACAACAGUGGUCCACUUUUAUCGGGCAAUAGCAAUUCUGGCCUCUCUCAUCAUCCACCUGGCACUCCGAACGGCGUCAAAACCAUAUAUGCUAACACAAUAGCACAAGCGGUGGCUGCGUCAGUCGCCAACGAAGAUGGUAAAGUCACUGCUGCGAGCGAUAAGAUCGUCACAGCAGCAAUAGACGGCGUUAAUUUGAAAGACAGCGCCCUUUGUGGUGGCAAUAAAGUGGGCAGCGCCGUUAGUGUGGCGACGCCCACCACCUCAACAACCGCGGGCAAUUUUCUUGGGCAGAAGCUCAAGGCGGCGCAAGUGGAAGGCAUUGGCGCCGGCAACGAUGGCAACUCAGAUGUUAGUGAUCCCAAACGGAAGCGUCUCGACGUUACGACAAACGCAGAUGGUUCCAACGCAAACUCUUCACCCUCCUCCUCUUCAAAUACAAACAUCAAUAAUAAUAAUAACAAUGAUACUAAUAACAAAAGCAACAACUCUUCCUCCUCCACAUUAUUAAUCAACUCCUCCACUACGAAUAUUCACGGACUCAGUAGUAAUCCUACUAUCAGCACCAACAACAAUGGCAAUAUCAGCAACUCCAUGGAUACUUUAAGUGUUGUUGGAGUGGGUUCAACAGCAGGCACUACAACAACAACAGGUGCGUUAACAACAACACUUGUUGGCGUUUCGCUAACAACAACAUUGACCACAAAUGUUGCUACGACGCCUGCUACAACAGCAACAGCGGUAGCAGCCGGGCCAAUAACAUUCACAACGACUGAAGGCAACAACGCCAUCGAUGGCAAAGAUAAAUUGGCAACAUGUUUCGUUUGCAAGGCAGACGCCUGUCCUCGUACUCGCCCAUUGAAGAAGGGCCGGGGCCAGCAGUACGGCAUUCCAGACGAUACAAUACCGGCAGGUGCACGAGUCUGCAAUUCGUGUCAAUGCAAGUCGGUACGUAAUCGUUAUACCAAUUGCCCCAUUCCAACGUGCCCGAAUCCAAAAGAUCGUGCUAAACGCUUACAUAACAUUCCGCCACGUUUAUUCGAGCUUGCGCCCGAUAUACGAGAUCCCAUCCUACACGAGUUUCAAAUACCAACACAAGCAACACGUUGUUGUUCCGCCUGUCUUAUGCGUAUACGUCGAAAACUGGAUCUUGAUCCGCAAAUAACGCUUACGGAUGAAGAUCGUCGUAUGGACGGUGAUGAAUCGGACGUAAGCACUUCGUCGUGUGAUGAACGUGAGGUUGGUGGCAGUGAUACUGCUUCAGUGGAGAGUCCAGAGUCGCAACGGCACAAUUCAAUGACAAAGGAUGUGCAAAAACCACAGACACCGAUUGCAGCUAGCGCAGCCACAAAUGCAGCUGCUGAUACAACAACAGUUACGAUAACAGCUGCCGGUAUUAAAGCCGAUGAACGUUUGCUGCCACCAUUGGGACAAGCGCCGAAGAAGCAAAAGACAUCUGAAGAGUAUGAUUCGUCGGCCACUGAGACCGCCGACGAGGAGAAUGAGAAUUCGCCGGCGAAUCGCCAAAGUCCCAAAGUUAUAUUAAACAGCAGUGGUAUGGGAAUGCAAGGUAAUGUUGGUUUGGCUCCACCACCGACGAAUGCCCAGCAAGUGCAUUCAAUUCAACAGAAUGGUCCGCCACAACCGGUUAUAGGCAUGCAGCCACGCGAACAAACUGGCGCAAAUGUACAAGACGUUUUAUAUUCAGUAAUUGAGUUAUCGCUGAAAACGAAGGGCCCGCCGCCGGUUAAAAUGCCUUCGCAAAUGCCGAAUGCGUCACCUAUGCAUGGCGUCAAACCGAUUAUGGAGCCGAUUCGUAGUCGCGCUGAUCUCAGUAAUAAUAAUAACAAUUCUAAUAACGAUGUUACUAUAGUUGGCGAAUUCCGAAAUGAUGGUUCCAUUGUAAAGCAACAGGCUCAUGGACAGCCGAUCGGUUUGAAUGCGCGUCAGUCGAAUGCACCUUCCGUAAAUGUUGGACAAGUCCCGCAAGGCAGCCAAGCUCCUCCUGGAGCCAUUGUACAUCCUGAAAACUUGGCUACAAUAUCUGUGGUGAAUUCUCAUAUGUCUCACCACAAUCUUCCAACACAUGGAAUGUUGCAUCAGCAUGAAAUUAAGGCGACGAUAACGCCUGUGGUAAAAUCAGGCAAGUCACUAUCAUCUACGCCCCAACAGCCGCCAGAUGCAAUUCGAUAUGGUAUGCCCCCAACUGUUGGGUCACAACAUCGAAACAACGAACCAGAACCACAAACAUUGGACCUCUCAAUAAAGAAGCCUGCUAGAGAUGGCCCAUCACCUCAUUCCUCGUCCAGCGGUGUUAACUCGUCGAGCAAUGACAAUGGUCCACGGCACCAACCACCACCAGGAGCUGUGAAACACGUCGGCAAUGCUGCUUCAAUAUAUCGUGGCCCCGAAUUGGGUCCCUCUAACCCAACGUAUUUGUAUCAUCCACACCACUCCAAUGUAGGUAAGGGACCUCACGGAUCUGUCUAUUUGCCACAAGUACCUGGACCCAUACCCAUAGCACAAGGUGUUGUGAGCGUACGAUCUCAAGCGGGCGGCGUACAACCGUCACCGCAACAACCACCACCUUCAACACAUCAGGCCCACAUGCAGCUGCCACCUGGAGUGGGGGUGGGCAGUAGCAGCAAGGUCGGUAGCACUAAAAUGGCGCCUAAAUUGAGUCCACAAUUGAUACAUGGUCCACCAUCACACACGGCUUCGGCAUCACCAUCACAACAACAGCAACAACAACAAUUGAUGGCCGGUCCGAAAGGAUCUAUAACACACGGCACACCAGUCAACAAUGCCCAACAAAUUAUUGUGCACUCUGCACCCGCUACACUUAGUCCCAAGUUUGAUAGCAUUCUUAGACAAACUCCACCUUCCGGUAGCGAUGCGAAUAAUAAAAUUGGCUCUAUAACACAGGGCACACCAAUUCAUUUGCCCUCACAUCAUUUGGAAAACAAACGUUCAUACGAGUACUACAAGACAUCGCAGCGUCAAAGUCCAGCACAACAAAAUCAAAUUCCAGUGGUCGGACAUCCCGGUGUGUUGCCACCACCGCAACAAUCAUCGCCACAAGCGCCACCGUCACAAGGAUAUGGCGCUAGUUCACCAUAUGCGCGUCCGCCAUAUGCCGUUGACCAAGCACCGGUGCUGAGCACGCGCCAAAUCGUGUUACACGAUUAUAUAACGUCACAGCAGAUGCAAGGCCAACAACGAAACGUAUCGCGGGGUAGCAGUAACAGCGCCGGUGGAGGAGGUGGUGGUUCAGACAAAGAGUCGCCAUCGCCACGCAACAGUGUGAGUGGCCCUACCAGCGCGCUGGUCUUCUAUGACAAAGAACGUGGAAGAACCGAAUACUCGAGUCGGGCCUCACCCGCUGAACAUAUUAACAGCACUCCCAGUCCACACCGUACACCACCGCCACCACGUCAAGGUGUUAUACAACGUCAUAACACUGGCUCAAAGCCGCCUUCGCCUGCUACAAUGUCCCAAAACCGUCUACACGUGAUGCCGCAUAGCUAUCCGCCAGCUGGGCACGAUGCCUUCUCUUCCUUCGUCGAUGUGGCCGUACAACAACCACAACUGCCAGUGCCAUCACAGCAGAAGGAGGAUAAACAAUUGCGGCAUGAAGCGCAACAACCAGCUCCACCACAUCAACAACAUGCGCCGCCUAGCCAACCGCCACCAACACAACAAGAAAUACGUUAUCAAAUGCAGAUGCAGUUGAACUACCAUCAACAACAACGUGCAGCCGCUGCAGCAGCCGCAGCGCAACAGCACCAAUACCGCGCACAAGCGGCAGCCAGUGCUGCAGCUAAUGUUGACCUUCAGCGGCGCAUGCAUGCUAUGGAGCGUGAUCAUCUGCAACAGAAACGACAGGAACGCGAUCGUGAACGGGAACGGGAAAAGGAACGUGAACGGGAAAGAGAGCGUGACCGUGAUCGGGAGCGAGAGCGUGAUCGUGAACGCAUGGCGGAAUGUAUUGCGGCAAAUGAGCGUGAUGCUGCUGGACGACGCAUGACGGAACGCAUGAGUGCUGUUGCAGCAGCUCAACACUAUAUGCGCGGCGGACCGGAGACGGGGCCGCCACGUGCUAUACCCGACCGAGAAAGAGAUCUCUAUCAUAGGACACCUCAGGACAGUACAUUGUCAGCGCAGGUUUUAAUAGAUGCGAUCAUAAAGCAGUCGAUAAGAUCGGGCAGCUCAGAACCAAAUCCAGCCAACAUGAAUCGGCCAUCAUAUUAUAAUUCACGAGAAAUGCCACCCUCAGCCCGUCAGCAUCCAGGUGCCGCUUCACUGGUCGCCGCUGAGAAUAACGGCAAGGCAAAUUCACCCAAUGUCAUCAAUAUCGACUUGGACAACGAUCGCGCCAGCAGUAGCAACAACCAACAUGAUUCGUCUAGUGUGAGUGGAGCGAAUUCCCGUGGCAGUGGAGUAUCGCACGUCAAUCGUGGUGUCCCACAGAGUGGCCCUUCUGUUGGUAUGUCUACCCAACCAGGCGUUUCACUACUACCGCCCACUUCACAAGCACAGGCUCAAGCACAAAAGCAGCAAAUGUUAAAGACAAACAUUACAUUCGGCGAACUAACGGACUCUAUAAUUGCAAACGACUACUGUCCAAAUCCAUUGCAAAUGCGUUCGCAUGUCAACUACAUGCCUUACCUGCAAGAUCAGCAACCAAUGGUUAUGACCGAACAUUGGACAAAAUAUAAUAGACGCAUACAGCAGAAGGAGGCGGAAGCAGCUGCCGAACGUAAUAAGGCUGCAAUCGCUCAAAACAUCAGCGCCGGUGUAACGGUUAGUUCAAGCGGCGCUUCCGGGCCACAAGGUAAUGGAGGUGCAACUGCAGGUCCUGGUGGACGUGCCAAUACACCAGCUGAUGAACGAAACAUUAUACGCAUGCAACAAACUGUAAGUCCGCGCAAAUAUGAUUUGAUGAUGCAGCCGCCACACGAUCAGGCUGCUGCGGCUGCUGCUGGUCAUUACUAUCAUCCACAUGGUCCGCCACCACCGUCCAGUGUUGCGCCGCCAAUGAGCAUGCAUGUGCGUAGCAGCAGCUCCGGUAGCGGCGGUUCCUCCUCCAUACCUUCACCGCACGAUCAACGUAUGGCUAGCGGAGGUAGUGCUGGCACUGUUGGCGUGCUGCCCACAAGUGGCUCAGUAACGCAAAAUCAUCCUUUCGACACAAUGAAAUAUGUAAAGAAUCGUAUUGUGGAAGUUAUGCGCACGGAGGAUGAGGAAAUGCAGCAUCAGCAUGGGCAUAUUGAUCAUCGCAGUGGCGCCGGCAAAGACAUGCACGACGGUCCCAUUGGCGUUAGCAUUCGUAAGACCCCCAAUCAAUACGAUGAUGGUCGACGAUUAUCGGCUGUGUCAUCAAGUGGUGGUAGUGGCGUUGGCGGAGUCAACAGCGGAAGUAAUAGCAACGAUACACAUCACAACAUAGUGUCUUCGCAGCCACCACCACCAGCUCUGGGUGCCUAUCAGCCUCAACCGCCAGUCACAACUUUUGCCACAACCACCUAUGCUUAUCCGUAUAGUGCCCUAAAUGUGCCCAGUUCUGUGGCAGGUCUACCACCGCCAACACAAAUGUCGUCAUCGCAGUUAUCUUCGUUGGCACAUCAAGCGCCUACUUCACAUAUGAGCAAACAGUCAUCCGGCCAUAGUAUGGGUAGUGCGGGCAGCGGCAGCAUGGGAAUUAGCGUCUCAGGUGCAGGCUCCUCCACGGGACCAUCAAAUAGUGCAACGGCGGUCGAGCCAAAGCCGCUGUUGUCGGCGCAAUACGAGGCAUUGAGUGACGAAGAUUAGUUGUGACUGCAGGCGUCUGGACGAACGCCACAACAACAGCAGCAACAUCAGCAAAUACAGCAACAGCAACAACAGCAGCAGCAGCAUGCAAUACCACAAAUUUGGCAUUGCGAGCGUGAACGCAUGCGACAACAACAACAGCAACAGCAACAACAUAUGCAACAGCAAAAGUUGCAGCAUCAACAACAGCAACAUCAACAUUACCAGCUGCAAGCCAAUCGCAGCUACAGUAACAGCAAUGGCAAUAACAACAAUCACUAUUACUAAAAAAGCAACCAUUCGUAAUUGUUGAUUAAUUGUGCAAAUAACAUAACCAUGCAAAUAAGGAUAGUCGCGUCCUCGAAAAAUCUCGCUCCAUUCCUUCUCGCCAAAAAAAAUGUUAUAUUUCCGGAGCGCCGGUGGAGUUGUUAUGUUUAGCAGUUGUCGUGGUAAAUUCAAGAAUUAAUAGUCCAGUAAUCGCCUGCAGAGAAAACACCAAUGAUAUACAUGUAUACAGAAAUGAUUUAUAGACCUUCUAUACAAGUAUAUGACGGUUUAUUUUCCAAUAGUUCGUAUGAAAAAAGUUCAUAUUUUGAAAGGAUUAAAAUAUGACGCUGUAAGUAAGUGAAGUGAAGUGUCUUUACUUUUCCGUCAUAUAUAUAUUAGAUUUGUACAAGCUCAACCUUUAAGGGCGAAAAAAAUGUUAAACAUAUUUAGUACUACAUACAUACAUGUAUACAUUUAAUAUAAACUAUACCACAGGAAACAAAUACAUAAACAUAUUAAAAUUUUCAUUAAAAAAAACAUAAAAUUUUACCAAUUCGUUAAAAAUUGAAUAUGAAAAUACAUGUUCAUGCCGCUAUGCAUAGGUUUCAUUUCUCAAAAAUGGCUGUUUGAAGGUUACGAAAUUUUUGAAAUCCUGAAGUUAAUAUUUUAAGUUAGUUAUCAAAAGAAACUUGUUCCAAAUGAUUUCCUUUAAACA